GCCAGGGGAGGGGCUCCGCGGCCUGUAAACGUGGUGGCUGCGGGGCAGCGCGGCCGUCCCCGCCCCUUCGCCCUGCAGCUGAGGCCGGAGGAGCGCUGGGCUUUCUCUUUUGCUUCUGCUUUUUAAAACCACAAAAUGUCUGAAGUUAAGCAAAGGAAAAAAGGUAUUUCUUCAUCUAAGGUCAAUGAAGGUUCACAAAAUGUUGAGAAGCACAGUAGUUACGGGAAGCUGACAAAUCCCAGGACAAGCAAUAAUCAGAGUUCCUUUUGGAUGGACUCACGGACAAGCUUGACCAUAAUUUCUCUUACUGUUUGCCUGGUGGUGACCUGGUUUCUGUUUCAGCAGUCAGUUCAAUUUACUGAUAUGGAAAGAAAGUACAAUUUCGUACAGCAAGAAGCUGAAAAAAUCCUGGAUGUGGAAAAUAAAAUAAAUUUAAUUUCUGAAAAGCUUGCAUCUUCUGAAAGUGUCCUGCAAGAAGCUGCUUCAUCCAUCUCUGUGAUGACUGAGUUUGAGCAGGAAAUAUCUUCUCUUCGUAACAUCAUAAAUGAUAUUAAGAACAAUGAACAGACUCUUUCUCUAAAGAUGCAGAGCAUUAAUAAGAAGUUCCAAAAUGUUACAAAUUCAUGGAGAAGAAGCUUGGAUGAAAUGAAUACAAACACUAGUGGUUUAAAAUCUGAAGCAAAGUUCAUACAUACAGAAGUUACUUCCCAAAUUAAUGAAGUUGACCAAAGAAUUAAAUCCCUUUCAGAAAGAGUAAAAGAUUUGGAAGACAGUACAGCCAGAAAUAUUAGAACAGUAAAAACGCAAGAAGAUGAUGAAUUCUCUAGAGUUGAACACAAGUUGGACUUGCAUGCAAAGGCAGUUGAAAAGCUAGAAGAAGAACAGAAUAGUCUGGUAGCCAAGGACACAGACCUGAAUCAGAAACUUGCAAACUAUGAACCUAAAAUUGAGGAGUGCAAGACCCAUUUGCCAACAAUUGAAAAUGCUAUUCAUUCUAUUCUUAGAUUGUCGAGUGAAUUGCUAGGUAUGGAGAAAAAGAUACAGGACUUGACAACACAGCUGUUCACUGUGGAAAAUAAUAUGUUGAAAACGGUUUCUGAUACAAUGGCGAUGCAAGAGGUUCUCGAAGGCAUACAGUACAAUGGCAGCUUGCUGAAAGGGCAACAUGAAAUAGCAGCUUUAGAAACAGUAGUGCCUGACAUAACAGUAUCUUCAAAAGCAAAAGGAGUAACUUUAGAAAGCUAUAACUUAGGAGAUGACCAGAAGGGGGAUAAGUAAAUUUAGACUUGGGUUUUUCAUUGAUGAAAAAGCACUUUAUUAUAAAUAAUGUGAUUUCAGUGUACGUUAAGGAUAGCGGAAAUACUGUCAUUAAUUUAAACAGACAUUGGAUUAGCCUGAAAGGCAAACUUAUAAUAAAGACGCUAGAGAGCAAGCCAUACUGUGUUGAAAAAGGAAAGAAAUAUUUUCUUAAAUUAAGAAUUAUAUUCAGCUUAUUUAUUAAAAGAUCCUUUUCAUUUAAGGAAUUUGAAGCAAAGUGUUUAGAUUUAAGGGAAAAAAAAGUAAUAUUUUUAGUUUUCAUUACUUAAGUUUCUGUUGUUAUUACUUUUUGUAUUAUUUUCCAUGGACUUGUAACACAAUGAACAAUUAAUGACUUAUUUCUCAGUAAUGUACCUUCCUAUAAUGUAUUGUAUACCAUAACGGUUUUGUGCUUAUGGUGCAGGCUUCUCAAUGUGAGAAUUGCUAUUGGGAUCUACGUAUUUUAUUAUGUGCAGGAAAGCACUGAGUACAUUUUUAACAGCUGAAGCUUAGCUACUACAGCAUUACAGAAAACACUAGUGAAGAAUCCCCUACUGAGAACGUUGUCUUGUAUUUAUAGGCAGCUGGUAUUUACAUAGCAGCUGGUGCUAUCAUUUCUUUGACCCCAUGAAAAUAUUCUCCUUAGACUUCAUUUCCAGCCUUUUCAAAUGUCCUAAAAUCACUGGCAUCGCUUUGUUCUGCCAUUGAAGUCACUGAACUACAUAUAGACUAAAGUUCUUAUUAACAGAUAUUCCUGUUAGAUUCUUCUUCCAUCAUUUAAUUUACAAGUUUGGUGUGAUCAGUCACUGUAUUAGUUUGGGGGUUAUUUGUUUGUUUUGGUGCUGUUAGAAACAAAUUUUAACCUUUUAUUCUGUAGAAUGUUCUCUGUUAGGCAUUACAUUAUAUGUCUGGUAUUGCUUUGCAUUUCAAAGGGAAAAAAAUUAACAGUGCCACUGACAUUGUUUCCCAAAGUUUGCUGAACCAAGAGCUGCAAAAGUAAUUAAUGAAAUCCACGGAGUUAAGUACUUGGGAUCAGGGAAUAUCCAGUUUAUCCAUAGAUCUACUUACACACAUUACCUAAUAGGCCUAAUAGCUGUUCAUUGAAAUUUGGAUCUCAGGGACAAUAUAAUUUUUUUGUCUACAGACUUAUAUCUUGAUAAUUUUGUAUUUCUGAACUCAGGAAAGUAGUUUGCUUAGUUGAGACAGUGUGAACCCACAAUAUUUAUGACUUAAUCAGACUUAAAUUAAAUUAUUCUGAUUUUGUACAUUCGUCUCUCUAGAACUCCUCUGAAAUCUUCACUAAACAGGCAGAAGUACCCAUGCAAGAGACUAUGAAACCAGCAUUUCUCAAUGUUAUAAAGCUGUGUCAGUUUCAUAUAUUUAUUGCUUAUGUAUAAAUUUGUGUCUUUUACAGUCAUAUUCAAAAUAAAAAUA